AUGGCUAAAUACAUUGAGGUUACUAGUGCUCCUGUUCAGAAUUUGAAGGAAAAAAAAAGAGAUCUAGGAAAAACCAAGAAACUCUUUCAGUUGAGGAGAUUCAAGAAGUGGUGGAACUCUUUGGAUAAUAUUUAUAUUGCAUCUUCGGGUUAUGAAUUAGCAAAGAAAUUACAAGCUCUUAAAGGUAAGAUAAGAGACUUGAAUAGAAAUGUUAUUGGAAAGAUUAAUCAUAAGUGUGAGCAGAAUUAUCUCCUUAUUCAGUGGUUGGAUCAGAAAAUAGAUGAAGAUGAUAUUUCUGAAAAUGAUGUAAUUACUCAUGAUAACCUCAUGCUUGAAAGUGAGAAUCUAGAUGAUAUGAAAGAACAAUUUUGGAGGGACAAAUCUAGAAUUCAGUGGAAUGAGGAGGGUGAUAGAAAAACAAAUUAUUAUCAUAGAAUAGCGAAGACUGAUAUUAUGAAAGUAGUGAAAGACUUUGAAAAUUCAGGGAAAACUGAUUGGCGCUUAAAAUCAACCUUCUUAGCUCUUAUUCUGAAGAAGCAAGUGGUUGAAGAGAUCAAGGAUUUGAGACCCAUCAGCUUGACCAGUACCAUUUAUAAAGCCAUUUCAAAGAUUUUAGUUGAAAGACUCAAGGUAAUGCUUCCUAAACUUGUCUCUAGUCAACAGUCUGCUUAUGUUAAGGGUAGAAAAUUUUUGGACAAUAUUUUAGUUGCUAAUGAAUGUUUAGAAUCUAGAUUAAAACUUGGUACCCCUGGGUCGAGCUCCCUUUUCGUUCUUGUUAAUGGUUCUGCGUAUGGAAAGUUUACUUUGGAAAAAGGCCUUCUCCAAGGUGACCCAUUGUAUCCGUUUAUUUUUCUCUUUGUUUCUGAAGUGCUCACAAUGAUGUUUUUUAAAGCCGAAACGGAUAGUUUGCUAGGGGGUUUCUUAUCUUCUUCGUAUACUAAUGCUGUCAAAGUCAGCCAUCUUCAAUUCGCUGAUGAUACGUUGGUUUUUUUAGAUGAUAAUGUUGAUCAAGUCAGAAAUCUGAAGUACAUCUUGCUGUGGUAUCAAUGCAUUUCAGGGCUCAAGACAAAUUUCUCUAAAUGCAAUUUGUUUGGUGUUGGCAAUGUUCAGGAUAUUGAAGGGAUGGCAGAAAUUAUGGGAUGUUCUUGUGAUUGUUUCCCGACUCAAUACCUCGGCAUGCCUUUGGGAGACAAAUCAAAUACUGCGUCCAAAUGGGAUAGGAUUGUGGAAAUCUGCAAGGCAAGAUUGGCUUCAUGGAAGCGUAAAACUCUCUCUCGUGCUGGUAAGCUAACUCUAAUUAAAAGUGUUCUUCAAAGUAUCCCCAUUUACUACCUAUCUCUUUUCAUGGCACCUUCGAAAGUGAUAAAAUCUAUUGAAAAAGUUAUUAGAGAUUUUUUAUGGGAUAAAUCUACUACUUUUAAGAAGCAUCACUGGGUAGGUUGGAGAAAUGUUUGUAAGUCUUUAAAGGUGGGAGGUUUGGACAUUAGAAGCUUAAAAAACUUGAAUAAAUCUCUUCUUCAUAAGUGGUGGUGGAGACCUGGCAAUGAACCAGAAGCUCUAUGGUCUCGGGUUGUUAAAGACAAACAUGAUAUUGCUGAUCUUGGAUGGAGAACAAAACAACCUAAGGAGAAGCAUGGUGUAAGUCUUUGGAGGAACAUUUUUUCAACUGCAGAAGAUUUUUUUAAGCACUGUCAAUUCAAGAUAGGUAAAGGCUAUAGAGUUAGACUUUGGGAAGAUAAGUGGUGUUUACAGGGACCUCUUUCUGCUCUUUGUCCGAUUCUUUAUAACUUAUCUAUCUCCAAAAAUAUAUCCAUUAUGGAUGCUUUCUUAAUUGAAGUCGAUGGUUUUAGAUGGAAUUUGGGUCUUAACCACAGAAGACGUUUGUGUGAUACAGAAAUAACGGAACUUUAUGUUGCAAUUCUGUUGGUGGAGUCCAUUGUGCUCGUCCCUGACACGGAGGAUCAACUGAUUUGGCUUGGUGAUAAGAAGGGUGUCUUUUCAGUUAAAACGGCGUAUAAAAACUACUCUCAAUGUACUUUUCCUAUCAUUCGCUUUCCAAGUUCAAAGGUGUGGUCUAGAGCUUGGCCACAUCGGGUUGGGUUCUUUCUCUGGCAAGUCUGUCUAAAUAGGCUUCCAACUUUGAGUAACUUGCACCAUAGAAAUAGUACACUAGACUCAUCAAAUUUAUGUUAUCUUUGUGGUCUGGUUGAAGAAAAUGAAGACCAUCUCCUUCUACAAUGUACUGCAGAUAUUAGUGUAUGGAAUUACUUAAUUACUAAUUUUGUUGGUGAUCCAUGCAUCACACUAUCAAGGAGGCUAUAG